AUGUCGUCGUCGUCCAUGAAGAAGAAUUGGGUUCGCGGAGAGUCUCUUGGUAGUGGCAGCGCCGCCACCGUCAACAUAGCCAUACCAACAAACCCUUCCACGCACAAUUUUCCUUCACCCACCGCCGUCAAAUCCUCCCUUUUCCUAACCUCGUAUUCGCUCAAAACCGAGAAGGACGUCCUCGACAUUCUUGGACCUUCCCCAAACAUCAUUAAAUGUUACGGCAACGAUUGCACCGUCGAAAACGGCAAGAGAUACUACAACGUUUUUCUCGAAUACGCCGCGGGCGGUUCCCUCGCCGAUCAACUCAAAAAGUACGGCGGGAGGUUCCCGGAGGCUUGCGCUCGACAAUGCACAAAAUCCAUCUUGGAGGGUCUGAAGCACAUUCACUCCAAGGGCUACGUCCACUGCGAUGUGAAGCCUCAGAACAUUCUUGUCUUCGACAAUGGUGUUGUUAAGAUCGCGGAUUUGGGGCUGGCCAAGAGGAGAGGGGAGAUAAAUAGAGAGUACGUGUGCAGGGGCACGCCGAUGUAUAUGUCACCGGAAUCGCUGACCGAUAACGUGUACGAGUCGCCGGUAGAUAUAUGGGCUUUGGGCUGCACCAUCGUGGAGAUGAUCACAGGAGAACACGCGUGGUACGUUGGAAGCUGCGAGAAUACUUGGACGUUGAUGAAUCGAAUUGGGAUAGGAGAAGAAUUGCCCAAGAUUCCACAAGAGUUAUCACAACAAGGGAAGGAUUUUCUUGGCAAGUGUCUUGUUAAGGAUCCAAACAAGAGGUGGACUGCUCACAUGCUUUUGAAUCACCCUUUCAUCAAGAACCCAUUGCCCCAGCCGUUACCAAGAAAAACUGAUAGACCUGCAUGCAUGCCAAAAGGAAUACCUUGCACUCAUCAGGCUAAAAUGGGAGAAGGAAAAGAUUUUCUUGACAAGUGUCCCGGUAAGGAUCCAAAGAAGGGGUUGACUGCUGAGAUGCCUUUGAACCACCCUUUCAUGCACACAAAGCGAUGCAGUGUUAAAAGGGUCCAGAAGUUAGAAGCUGAGCUUAACAAGCUUGAAUCUGAAGCUGAACUAUCGGGUCUGAAAAUCAAUUUUGCUAAGAGUAGAUUCGGAGCUUUCGGGAUUUCUGAUCAAUGGAAGCAUGAUGCAGCAAAGUACUUGAACUGCAGUUGCUUAACUCUUCUUUUUGUGUAUCUUGGCAUACCUAUAGGGGCUAUUAAUGCAACAAAAUGUUUCCUUAGGGAGGUACAAGGACAAAGCAUACAGCAACAGCAAAUUGACAUUUGGGAGUGGAUAGGAGAUUCAUCAGGGAUUUACACAACUCGCAGCGCCUACAAUCUGAUAUGGGAGGAAAUUGCUGGUGGCCAGAAGGAGGAUUGA